UUAAGUCCUUGAACAUUUAGCUCACAGAGAUUUAAACGUCUACGUGUUUAUAGUACUGUAUAUAUCAAGCACGCCAGGCAAGAAUUGCGCGUUCACAAUAAUUGUCGCGCGCUGGAAGGCGCGCCUGCACGUUCACGCGAGUGCAAUCAUCGUUUUUUUCUUUUUUCUGAGUCCAUCUCUGUCGCGGAGAAGAUGGAGGGCGCAGCGUACGGAGCGGCCAGGGCCGGGGGAGCCUUCGACCUCCUCACGUUCCUCCAGCAGCCUCACACCAUCCUCCGCACGGUUUCCUGGAUUUUCUCGUUAGUAAUAUUCAGCUGCAUUGCUAACGAGGGCUACGUGAACAGGCCGGACGAAGUGGUGGAGUACUGUGUCUUUAAUCGGAACCAGAACGCCUGUAACUACGCAGUAGGAAUGGGAACGCUGGCCUUCAUUUGCUGCAUGGCCUUCUUGGCACUGGAUGUUUACUUCCCACAGAUCAGCAGCGUAAAGGAUCGCAAGAAGGCCGUGCUCGCAGACAUCGGGGUGUCAGCGUUUUGGUCGUUCGUCUGGUUUGUUGGUUUCUGCUUCAUGGCCAACCAGUGGCAGGUGGCAAAACUCGAGGACAAUCCACUGAAGGAGGGCGCAGACGCCGCUCGUGCCGCCAUCACCUUCUCCUUCUUCUCCAUCUUCACCUGGGCAGGACAGUCCUUCCUGGCUUUCCAGCGUUUCAAGUUGGGUGCGGACUCGGCCCUGUUCUCACAGGACUACACCGACCCCAGCCAAGAUGCCGCCGCCGCUCCAUACAGUGCAUUCACCAGCGGCGAAGAGCCCGAGAGCCCUGUAGGAACAGGCUCGUACCAGCAACCCAACGGAGAAGGAAUGUUUGAUGGGCCUGCAGGAUACCAGCGUCAGGAUUACUAACUACAUGAAGGAAAGGCAACAUGGAGCUGUGUUACUUCUGGAGUUCUGUAAGGGGGUUUUCACACCUGGCUUGUUUAGAGCAUUUGUUUCGGAACCUGGUGCGUUUUUUUCCCUUGGUUCGGUUGAUUUAGACAUACAUCGACAUGGCAAUCGUGCUCCGAAGCAAUUUACUUGUGCUGAGAAUGCAGUCUGAUCUAAUGAACCUGUAUAGCAAUGCAUGAUGGGAACUGCCUUAUGUAACCUGUUACAUAGCACGUCUGUUUAGCUAACAGGCCUAAUAGCUAGCAACAUGAAUUUGAGGUUAACAUGUCUGGUGAAACUUUGACUCUUUUUAAAACUGCUAAAUUCUAGCGAAUAUAGAUAAAAGCCACGGUAAGCUCACAGAGCAGCUGAGUAUCCAUAUUGACUGAUGAGCAUUAUGAGCAGAACCCCAGAACAUAAACAGAUAGACUAUGGCCAAUGAGAGCGCAGUUUACUCACAUACUCGCGAGUUAUAUAAAAACAUUGCGGUAAGCUUUAAAAUUUUGCCAUGUGAAAGCAAACCGAGCCAAGGAGAGAAGGAUAGGUACUGUAACAAUUUGUCUCCUAGUUUCGGAACAAAGCACAGGUCUGGAAACACCCUAAGAGCUGUUCAACAGCCAUCACCAUGAAUUUGACAAAUUUUGAAUGUUCUCAGCCAUCUAGACAGUUUUAUUUUAUUUUAUUUUAUUUUUUUUUGAGUGUCACCAUUAUGACUGUUGGGCUUUUUAGAUUUGAAAGAAAGAGCAAUGGAGAAAAAGUAAAGACUGAUGUUAGCCUUUAAAAAGGUAUACAGUACGCAAUUAUACCAGUUUGCCUUGAAACUUCAUUUUAUCUGGUGUGUCGUCUGAGUAAUCCAAACCUUAUUCUUGAUGUUACUAAUUAUAGACAUAUGUUCUGCCACUAAGCAAGCACAGCAGCAGAGGCCAUGCUGAACAAAAUGACACUAUUUACACUAAUUCCGCAUCUUGUAUUGGAUCAGAUCUUACAAAUCCCCAGUUUAAAAAAAAAAAAUUCAGUCCGUAUCCGUAUUAGUUUGUAACGUGUAGAAAACGUGCCUCACUGAAAAGCAAAACCGUCACCCCAUUGCCCUUACGCCAUAAUCGCCACUUCCGCAUUAUAAUCUUUCACCACUGUAAAUGUUCGGCGGAUUUGGCACGGCAUCUUGUCCAUACCGUGUGUAAACAGUGCUCUGCGACUAUGAUGCUGCCUUUUUGGUGAAAAUAAAGGACUUUCAAGGGCAGCGAUCGUCUAAUACUACUGUCAAGCUACGAAGCUGCCAUCUAAUAGAAAAGUAAGUUUGUUUAAAAAAACGUUUGCGAUGAUCAUUUUGUGCAUUUUAAGACUUAUGAGUGUUUAUAUAUAUAUAACUUUCGGAUAUUACCCAUUUUAAGAAGUUAUUUGGCUAACUGAGACCAUCGAGACAACGGGCUUAUUACUAAUUGUACAGGAAACUACAAAAAUAUAGGAUGGGUAUUGAUGGGUAAUUCUGAAAGAAUAACUCUGCGGUCUAUGUUUUAAACUAUAUGCUUUAAACGCAUAUAACGUGCUCUUGUCGACUUCACUUCACUACUUCUACUGUACCUGCGUAUCGGCUACGUCACACGAUCCCUUCUUUUUGGUCGUAUAGUGCUGCCGUUAACUAGCCGGUUUUCCUAACUAGCACGCGAUAACGUUUGCUAACUGCGGCAGCUUGCAUGCUAUCGAGCUAGCUUAUUAAAUAACCCGCAGACAUUUUGCUGUUUGUUGUCAAUGCCACAAAGCAACUUUAAGUAAUACUUACUUAAAUAUUAAUAAGUAGAAAUUCGAAUUUGUUUCUGUAAGUAAAAAAUCCACAGGAAAUUGAGGGCUGUUACAACAGGAAGUUCGUUAUUUACAUGUAACGGUAUACAUUGCAGCAAUUUGCCAACGAUUCAUUUUUUUCAGUGUGUUAAAGAACGACGUGUUCAUUUUUAUCCGUAUAGAUCUAUAUAAAUCUGUAAGAUUUUAGGUUGAGGAGCAUUCGCAAAAACACGACAAAUCUCAGAAUAGCACUGACCCUGAAGACCCCUUCAAAAUACAAAAAAAAAAAUAAAAUGCACGUCAGCACUUAACACUCAACAAUUACACACAUUCUUAAUUCAAUUAUAAUGAAAGAUCACUAUAGAAAUCACUGACAGACAUUUCUAGGGAAAAGUAAUGUAGUAAUGUAUCUUAUAGCAUGCUAUGUCUCCAUACAUAGGGAAAUGAACACUUUUUAGGCAAUUGUCUUCCAAAAUACAUACAAUACAAUACAUACAAUAGUUUAUAUAUAUAUAUUUUUCUUAUAGCAAAUAAUUAUUGUUUUGGAUGGAUAGGGAAGCUGUAUGUUGCCUUCUUCAUUAAGGGCGUCUGUAUGUAUUCACAAGGAAAUGGCAGUACUGUAGGGAUUUUUUUGAAUAAAUGUUCAUUUUGCUGAAAAGUGUGUGUAUAAAGGAUUUUGGGACACCGUGCAUUAAUAUUCAACCUUUGGAACUUCUGUCCCAACUGCUGUUUUAAUAAAUUAAUCAGCAACUUCUGUACAAUCAGAAACGAGAGUUCAAUGCUUUGGAAUAAAUCACUUGAAAUUGUUCUCAUAGCAGUGGAUAUGUGUUGCUUGAACACAAUGGUGUACGGGAUUCUUGAUGUCUGUUUAUAUUAAGGGUUAUUUUAUAUCUAUUCAUUAUUAGCUUUUUUUUUGGACGAGAAGUCGACAAGAGUACGUAAAAACGGUAUCAGGCCGCGGUCUUGUUUAGACCACUCAACUGUUCAGUAGUUCCACAUGUAGAAGAUAAAAAGCCAAACCGCGAUUAUUUAACUUUUACAAUGGCAGCAUCAGCAUCUGCAGCUUGGCAUCUCAACAUCAUCAUCCCUGUAUUCGUACUUAGGUUCUUCUCCAGUAUCAGCCAUCGCUGAAUUGAAAUAAUUCAUAGUCACAUAAGCGUCUUUGAAUAGUCAUGGCUGUAAAAAUGAAAAGUUAUUUAUUGAAAUCCAUCCAUAUUUUCUGUGCUAGUGGAGCUUAUUUUUCAAGAUGAUGGUUGUCAUUGUUUUUUUUUUUUUUCAGGCCAUAUUUUUUUGCUGAAUGUUUCUGAAGGAACCGACUCUUUGCUCCAGUGUCAUUUCAUAUAACAGUAUAUAUGUAAAUCUCUAAUUGAAUAUAAAACUUUAUUUUAAAACAUUAUGAUGUGAAAAGUAUAAAAACUCUGGUGUCCUUCUCGCUCGUCCCUCCUGUAUUUACGUGAACGUCUCUCUCUCUCUCUCUCUCUCUCUCUCUCUCUCUCUCUCUCUCUCUCUCUCUCUCUCUCUCUUUCUCUGUACUGAACA